AAGCUUUUGAGAAAACACUCUUGGCUCUUCCAGCUAGUCUCAUUGGUCUAGUUCUACAUUUUUUUCGUUGAAAAGAUUUAGUGCAAGUUGUCUUUGGAUAAAACUCUACAAUUUUAAAUAUUCUGAAACACUUUUGGAUUGCGAACUUAACUUCGUUCAGAGAUGGCGUGGCGCCGCUGUGUGUGUUUGAUCUUCUUCGGCCUGGUCGGUGGAUUUCUAGUGGAGAACACCGACGAUUGGAAAAAUUAUCCGUUCUGGAACACAAGCCUGACCUGGGAGCAGAGAGUGGAUGACCUAGUGUCAAGGUUGACCCUUGAGGAAAUCCAGUUUCAGCUAGCCAGAGGAGGCACCGAAGAAUUUGGUAGUCCAGCACCAGCAAUACCAAGACUAGGUAUUGGACCGUAUGCAUGGGACUCUGAAUGUCUUCAUGGAGCAGCAAGAGAGGAAGGGAACGCCACUGCUUUCCCUCAAGCCAUCGGACUCGCUGCAACAUUCAGUCCGUCUCUCAUUGAGAGAAUGGCUGCAGCUACAGGUCAAGAAGUUCGAGGCAAGCACAAUGAUUUCGUCAAGAAUGGUAUUUUUAAGACUCACACUGGCGCCAGCUGCUUCAGUCCUGUCAUUAACGUGGUCAGAGACGCGCGUUGGGGAAGAAAUCAGGAGACUUAUGGUGAAGAUCCAUUUAUGAGUGGAAAGUUGUCACAAAGUUAUGUCAAAGGAUUACAUGGCUAUGACUCACGUUACAUCCAGGCCAGUUCCGGUUGUAAACAUUUCGAUGCCUACAGUGGCCCAGAAAAUAUUCCAGUGACAAGCAUAUCAUUCGAUGCUCAGGUAUCAGAGCGAGACUGGAGAAUGACAUAUUUGCCAGCAUUCAAAGCUUGCGUGGCUGCUGGUACUGACAGUUUGAUGUGUAGCUAUAACAGCAUUAACGGCGUUCCGGCCUGUGCUAACAAGAAGUUGCUGACCGAUAUCUUAAGGACGGAGUGGGGAUUCAAGGGAUACGUCAUCAGUGACCAGGGAGCCAUCGAGUUCAUCCAGGAAUAUCACAAUUACACCAGCAGUCUAAUGGAUACAGCCGUAGCAGCCCUGAGCGCUGGUUGCAACUUGGAGCUUUCAAAUAAUCUUCUAAAUCCAGAUUACUUGUACAUAGUGGAUGCUGUUCAUCAGGGAAAGCUUACCGAAGCUCUAGUCAGAGAGAGGGUUAAGCCCCUUUUCUACACCAGAAUGAGGCUGGGUGAGUUUGACCCACCAGACAACAACCCUUUUGCCAAACUGGACAGCAGUGUUGCUGAAUCUCCUGAACACCAAGCGCUGGCCCUGGAGGCUGCCAUGAAAUCUUUUGUUCUGUUGAAGAACAGAAAUAACUUUCUACCUCUUCAGCAGGGAACUUUUAACAAAGUAGCUAUUCUCGGUCCGAUGGCUAACAAUAGCAGACAAUUGUUUGGAGACUACAGUGCCAACACUGACCCGAGUUUUGUCAAGAAUCCACUGGAAGGAUUAAAGGAGAUAUUUCCCAACGCUGUCUAUGAAAACGUCUGCGAAGAUGGGAACAAGUGCAAACAGUACAGACCAGACCUGGUCAUCCAAGCUGUGGCCAAUGUCGACCUCGUGUUGGUGGUGCUUGGGACAGGAACUGAUGUUGAAAUGGAAGGUAAUGAUAGGCCUGACCUCGAACUUCCAGGUCAUCAAAAAGAUUUGUUGCUGGAUGUCCUACAGAACAGUGGCAAUGCCCCAGUGAUUCUCCUUCUGUUUAGUGCUGGCCCACUGAACAUCUCCAUGUUUGAUGAACACGAUCGAGUGCCCGCCAUUAUUGAAUGUUUUCUUCCUGGCCAAGCCACAGGAGUUGCUGUGAAAAAUAUUUUAACCAACACUGGCCCAUUUGGUUCACCAGCGGGCAGGGUGCCGAUUACCUGGCCAUAUCGUGCUGAACAGCUGCCGAAUAUGGUGAACUAUUCCAUGGAGGGAAGAACCUACCGCUACCUCAGGUCUGAUCCUCUGUAUCCAUUUGGCUACGGCUUAUCAUACACACAGUUCCAGUACACACUGUUGUCGUAUCCUUUAAUUGUCAAAGUCAACGAAUCGUUGGAUAUCAGCUUUCAAGUGACCAACACUGGGAGUGUGGAGUCAGACGAGGUUGUUCAAUGCUAUAUUAGCUGGGGGGACUCUUCCCUACCCGUGCCUGUAAGACAAUUGGCAUACUUUGACCGCAUUCACUUAAAACCUGGAGAGACCACCAAAGUACAGGCGACAAUCCAAGGAGACAUAAUGGCAUAUUGGGACGACAACUCAUGGAAAAUACAAACAGGAGUCAUGACCUUGUAUUGUGGAGGUCAACAGCCCUUCCAGAAGAAAUCUGCUCCCUCCAAUGUACUGUCUGGUACAUUUCUGAUAUCGAAUAGCUUUUAAGUUUCUCUGAAUUACUGUGUGUGUAUGUGUGUUGUAAGCCGUAGCGCUGUGUAUCUUAAUGUGAGAAAGUAAAUAAACUUUUUGAUUACUUUAGAACAUGGCUGCGUGGCUGACAAUUCACUUCCUGCUUUUUGUGUGUCAUUCUGUUAAGAGUGGGAGGAGCUUUAUAAAAGUCGUUUGGUGUAGAUUGGGCGGAGCUUAUUUUACUUUUAAGCUCUACGCUUGUUCACGCACCAUUGCUAAAUAUGUAUGUAUAUACCUGCUUUUCCUUUCAGACAAAACCCUAACCAAUAUAAAACAAAUCUAUUCUGGCUUAUAAUAACAAUAAUGCAAAGUUAAUAAAAGCAGUACUCAAAUA